AUGACAUCGAUUGAUUUUACCGCAUUAGUUAAGGAACAGAAUUAUCCAGAUUGGAUCCAUACCCCACAAAAUGUUAAGGAUAUAGCUAAAGAAUUGGCACAGGAUCAAGUACAAUUGUUUGACAAUAUUGCCAAACAAAUAGAUAAUCCUACUAUUGACAACGUCAUGAAGCCAUUUGCCAAGUUUUCAAAUGAAAAUAGUUUUUUGGAAAAUCAAAUCACAUUUUAUCAACACGUAUCAGAUAAUAAAGAAUUGAGAGAUGCAUCUACCGAAGCAGAAGAACUUCUCGAUAAGACAUCGAUUGAGCAAUGGUCAAGAUUGGAUGUAUUUCAGGUAUUUGAAAAAUUGAAUGAAUCAGUCAAAAAUGACGCUCUAGUAGAUCCAGAAACUAAACGUUACUUAACCAAAAUAUUAAUUUCAUUUAAAAGAAAUGGUUUAGCAUUACCUUCGGACCAAAGAGAAAUUGUCAAAAAAUUACAAGUUGAAUUAAGUAAUUUGAAAUUACAAUUCGCUAAAAACUUGGGUGAAGACAAAGGUUAUAUCCUUUUUUCCGAGGAUGAAUUAGAAGGUAUUCCAAAAGAUGUAAUCAGUCAAUAUGAAAAAAUUGAAGAAGAUGGGAAAACAAAAUUGAAAGUUACUUUCAAAUAUCCAGAUAUUCUUCCUGUUUUUCGUCAUGCUUCAAAUUCCAACACUCGAAAACUUGCGAAUCUUGCAUAUGGUAAUAGAGUUUCGGAAAAUGAUGAAAUUUUGGACAAAAUAAUAAGAAUAAGGUAUGACAUUGCAAAAGAAUUAGGUUACGAUACAUUUUCAGAUUACGUUUUAGAAGAAAGAAUGGCAAAAAGAAAAGAAACCGUUCUUGAUUUUUUGGAUGAUUUGAGAACAAAAUUGGAUCCAGUAGCUGAAAAUGAUUUGAAGGAAUUAAAAAAAUUGAAAAAACAAGAUUUUGUAAACAGAGGUUUGAAAGAAGAAGAUGACUUCUACGCUUGGGAUUUCAACUACUAUAAUGAGAAAUUGUUGGAAGAUAAAUAUCAGGUUGAUAACACUAAAGUAGCAGAAUACUUCCCACUUCAAUCAACAAUCGAUAAAAUGCUUCAAUUUUAUGAAAAAAUAUUUGACAUCAAAUUUGUUAAAUUAACACCUCCUAAAAAUCAAAUAUGGCAUGAAGAUGUUCAACAAUAUUCUAUUUUUCAAGGUGUGACUUCGGGCAAAUUGGAACAUAUAGGAGCUAUUUACUUUGAUUUACAUCCUAGAGAAGGCAAAUACGGCCAUGCUGCUAAUUUCGGCUUGGGACCGGGUUUUGAAGAAAGUAAUGGAGAUCGUCAUACUCCUGUUACUGCGUUAGUUUGUAAUUUCACCAAACCAACUAAGGAGAAACCAUCAUUAUUAAAACAUAAUGAAGUUGUAACUUUUUUCCAUGAAUUGGGUCAUGGUAUUCAUAAUAUCUUAUCGCAAACCAAAUAUGCAAGAUUCCAUGGUACUUCAGUGGAAAGAGAUUUUGUGGAAACACCUUCACAAAUGUUGGAAUAUUGGUGUUGGUCAAAGAACGAGAUCAAAGCUUUGUCAUCUCAUUAUGAAACUGGUGAACCAAUGAAUGAUGAAUUGAUUUCACAAUUGGUCAAAACCAAGCACAUCAACACUGGUUUAUUUAAUUUACGUCAAUUAUUUUUUGGUAUCUUCGAUAUGAAAUUACACACAAUCAAUAGUAGGGAACAACUUGACAAAUUAGAUCUAUUAAAAACAUGGAACGAAUUAAAAGAUAGUGUUACAUUAUUACCAAGUGAUGAUAAUCCAACAAAAGGCUAUGCUUCAUUUGGACAUAUUGCUGGUGGGUAUGAAAGUGGUUAUUACGGAUACUUAUAUUCGUUAGUCUUUGCUGCUGACAUAUAUCAUACAUUAUUUAAGGAAGAUCCAAUGAAUACUGAAAAUGGUAUUAGGUACAGAGAUAUAAUCUUGAAAAGAGGUGGAUCUAGGGAAAUUAUGGAUAAUUUGGAGGAAUUGCUAGGUAGAAAACCAAAUUCAGAUGCUUUUUUAAAAGAGACAUUUGGUUGA